GGAUGACACGAGCAUCUGUACAACAUCUGGGCAUCUGGACCCGGAAAUGACGCAGAGCGUCUUCUAUUCCAGGAAGGAUAUCGGGAACGACACCUGCGUCAACGGGGAGAUAAUUCUGCAGUAUAUAGCCUGCAUACAUUUGUUGCUUAUGUGAAACAGGAGCACAGCCUGCUGAUCCAGGGAUGGCUCUGUUCCAGGAGGGGGCGUCGGCCAGCAACGCCAUGGAAACGUCGAACUUUGCUCAUGUGAUCUUCCAGAACGUGGGCAAGAGCUUCCCGCCCAACACAGAGCUGGAGUGCCGGUACACCCUCACACCCUUCUUCACCCCACACCACCGGGACUGGGUCGGCAUCUUCAAGGUUGGGUGGAGCACCGCGCGGGAUUACUACACCUUCCAGUGGACCCCUCGUCCUGAGAGCCAGACUGAGGGGGGCUCAGUGCACCAGGCUGUGCUGUUCCAAGGGUACUACCUGCCCAAAGACGACGGUGAGUUCUACCAGUUCUGCUACGUGACGCACAGCGGGGAGGUUCGCGGCGCGAGCACGCCCUUCCUGUUCCGCGCGGCCACGCCCCCCACCGACGACCUGCUGGCCGUGGAGGACGACAGCAACUCAGACAUCCUGGUGAUCACCUCCAAGACCGACCUGCUGGAGCAGAGGUUGGAGGAGGCGCAGAAGGAGCAGGCAGAGCUGAGGGAGGAGCUGCACCUCCUGCAGCAGGAGAAGGAGGAGCUGCAGCAGGAGAAGGAGAGACUGCGGAGAGAGCGAGAGGAGGAGAGAGAGACCUGUGCCCGUCUGCGAGCUCAAAACCAGGAGCUCCAGAGGUCCUCCCAGACCCUGCAGGAGGAGAAGGAGGAGGCGCAGAGGAGGCAGGAGGAGGCAGCAGCGAGGCUGCGGCAGCUGGAGGAGGAUCUGCUGGAGCUCACUCAGAGGGGCCUCCAGAAGGAGACCGAGAUAGACUGCCUCAGAGACCGUCUGAAGAAGCUGAACGUGGAGAACGAUUCCCUGGAGUCACAGCUGAAGAUGGAGAGAGACGAGAGGGAGCUGUGCAAGAUCCACCUGAAGAACACGGAGCUGGAGAACGCCCGGCUGUCUGCGGAGGUGCAGAUGCUGCGCUCGGUGGACAUGAACAAGGAGAUCACCAUCGCAGAGUUCCAGGACCAGCUGGGACGCCUCCGAGCCGAGAAGGACAAACUGCAGAGAGACGCAUUGGCCAGCUCCGCCCUCCCGGGGGAGAACGCACAGCUGAAGGAGCAGCUGCGGCAGACGGAGGAGCAGCUGCAGGCCCUGCGUCAGCAGGCGGCCAUGCUGGCGUCGGAGCUGCGGGACACGGCGAGUGCGCGGGACCAGACCAUGUCCGAGCUGUACCGCGUGCGGCUGGAGGCCGACGCCCUGCGCGCCAACCUGGCCGACGCCCGGGCGGAGUACGCCCGCGUGGAGGAGCAGCUGCAGAGCGUCCGGUCCAGCGCCCAGCAGGAACCGGGCGCUGCCGCGCGGGAGGCGGAGCUGCAGCAGGAGGGGGAGGAGCUACGGCUGAGGCUGCAGAUGGCCGCGGAGCACUACAAGGAGAAGUACCGAGAGUGCCACCGACUGCGAAAACAGCUGGUCCAGCUGCAGGGGGACGCAAAGAAAAGGUCAUCAGCAGAGACAUCAGCAGCGGAGGCACCGGAUUGCACAGAGACUGCAGCGGGUUCCCCUGUGGAGGGUCCUCCUGCAGAUGGCGCACCUGCCGUGGGUUCUCCUCCAACAGGUUCUCCUGCAGAUGGCGCUCCUGCCGCGGGUUCUCCUCCAACAGGUCCUCCUGCCACCGGUACUACUGUAGCAGCUCCUCCUGCAGCCAGUGCUCCUGCAGCCAGUGCUCCUGCAGAGGGUUCUCCUGCGGAGGGUUCUCCUGCGGAGGGUUCCCCAGCGGCGGGUUCUCCUGUAGGGACACAGAACUCUGUGGAGGGCAAGGCCCCAGAAAACAGCACUGCGGGGGGGCAGGAGGGCGUGGCCCUGCAAGAUGGCCUCACAUGCGUGUACACACAGACAGAGGAGCAGCAGGAGCUGCAGGAAGGUGCACAGAGGGACAUGGCCCAGGGUUCGAGGUCAGAGGCAGCCACGCCCAUGCUGCUGCUGUACCCCAUCCCAUACCCACAAUGCCCUGCCGAGCUGCAGUUUGGGAAUCCGUAUUCCAGCCCCCCUCCAGGUGCAGCGGGCAGUGAGGUGUCCCCUGGAAGCAGGGCCAAGACCCCCCUCUCAGGCCCCUCGUCCUGGGACAGCCCCGUGGUCUGCAUCCAGCCCUCACGCAACCUCAACCCCCCCGAUGGCCUGGAGGACCCAGAGCAGCGCAACGAUCAGGGCGGCGAUGGUGAGCAGGCAGCAGAUUGCCACCCUCCCAGUCCCCUGCACAACAGCACAUCCAGCUUCUGCUUUGACUCCAGCGAGGACAUGCAUAAGCGCUGCCCGCUCUGUGAGGUGGUGUUCCCGCCGCACUACGAGCAGCGGCGUUUCGAGGAGCACGUGGAGAGCCACUGGAAGGUGUGUCCCGUCUGCAGCCAGCAGUUCCCCCUGGACUGCCAGCCGCAGCACUUCCAGAGGCACGUCAACACACACUUCGACGGAAACGUGCUCAACUUCGACUGAGACGGGAGCACAGCGCCGCCCUGCUGGAGCGGAGGAGUCAUUACUGUCGGUCUGCAAUUCAUACUGGCACUGAUCUGUGUGUGUCUGGGUGUGCGUGUGCAUUCAUAUGUGUGUGAGAUAUGGUAGAUGGUCAUACGCAGCACUGGAUUCUGGGAAUGUGUUAAGCGAUUCUCUCUUCCUGUCCCUUGACCUUGUUUUCCUCUCUGGGUGAAAUGUUACUUGUUCGGUAAUCAGUAGUCAUGAUUAUGCACCAUAAUUAUUUUUUAAAAAGAUAGAAGCUAAAGUGAAUUGCACUGGAUGUUAAAGGCGUUAUGUAUUUAAGUGAAGGACUAUAACUUCAGGUAUCCUGGACCCUGGCUUUGUUAUUGAGUUAUGCAUCACACUUUCAGAUCUGUCCCACAGCGCUUAAGCAAACCCAGGGAUUUCAGCCAAUCACAGGACACCACAGGGAUUUACAACCAAUCACAGGACAGGACUGCACAGAGCUGCUGUUCUAGAGUGGAAGGUUUGCAAACAGUGACAGCAGGGGACGACGAGACCCUGGACAGACAAACUAAUCAUUUUUAAUAGUUACACAUAAAGGACCAAAGAAAACAAAUACUGGUAUUCGGCUUGUUUUGUCACCCCUCCUGCUUGCAUCCAGUAAUUAGAUAAAAUAAGUGAUACACGGGGUCUUUAAAUAUCACUCAGUAAGGGCGACACAGUCCCAUACCAAAAGGAAACCUAAGUGACUGUUUCCAUAACGAUUCUAAAAAUGUCCCAAAAACAUUUUAACAACUUUCUGAAAAACUUUCUACAAAAACGUCCCGGAAAACGAUCUUUUAAAAAAAAUUUUAAAAAACACCUUUCAGCAUAUCCUGCCAGACUUGUGCAAAAACAAAGGCUCUGUGCCACCCAGCCUACGCACGCCUCACCUGUCUGUUCCGCCUCACUGUCCGUCAGUCAUUCCUGCCAUGCCCGCUGUGCUUGACCAUCUCAAAACACCAGGUUUGGGAUCCGAUUGUGUGCAUAAGUAACAGACUUGAAUAAAUUUAAAAAAAAGGUUAA